AUCGAUACUAUUUGCGUCCGCGCCCGCAUACCAAAAUUCAUACCAUCGCCUUGUCCUCGGGCUUGUGGCAGUGCGUGAAGAAGUCUCUUGCCACUCUUUGAGCUUCUGGGUGAACCUUCUCGUCACGUUAGGCUUCUCAAAAUGGAGCGAGCACGGUCCGCUCCGACGCUCACGACCAAUUGCUUCGCGCUUUGCGAGCUACUGUCUCUGCAAUGGCACGUGUACAGCGUCGCGCCAGUAGAAGAAACAGGCAAGAAGAAGACGAACUCCAAGAAGGCAGCCAAGUCCGGGCCCAAGCAGACCGAAGACGCGGCUCUGUCGAUCUUUCACCAACGUCUACAGCAGCGCAACGCUGUGUGUGUCCUCAACGAGGCCAAACAGAAGGAGGAGGACACUACACCGCCCUCCUCCGAGCUCUGGGUGUUCAUAGUCAACGGUAUGCAAAGUGCAGUUCCUGUUGAGCCUCCCACAGGCGUCUGUGAGACCGCCACAGGCUCCUGGUCGGACUCUACAACGUCUCUUGAUAAGACUAUUCAGAAGCAGUUUUUCGCUGCUCUGGGCUCCGUUUUGAGCAAGAAAUUAGUCGCCCAGGAGGAGUUUAUACUGACCGACGACGGAUUCUACGAGCCUAACGAUGCCAAGUUCGUUUUCCGCUGUCCAUCGCUGACCAAGCUGAACCAUGUGGAAGUGUACCUUGAGGAGGAGAUCCCAGUGCCGGUUUUUCAGUUGCAUUUUCAGUUGUUUGAGCCGAGUCAUUUACUGACUGUGACGCUGGAUGUGGUGAGGAGAGAUGGCGCAUUGACGUCGCUUGGUGACGAAUUGGGGGACCCGAGGUGCUCGUGGGAGCGACUUAUGGGUCUACCGUCACAAAAAGACCACUCGGUGGUGGAUGUGUGGCAUCUGAAGGACGGUUUGGUGCCGCGUAUAGUUGCUGAGACCAAGUAUACGGAUGUGUCGCCCUGGUUCCGUGCUGUCUCGAAGCGGAGGCAUAGGCGGAGGAUGGAUGAUAGCGACGGCAGUGGACACGAAGACGAGGUGAAGAAGGAUGAGAACGAAGAAGACGCAGAGGAAGAAGAGGAAGACAAUAACCAGGAAGCAGAGGUGGAAACGGACGAAUUGCUGCGACGUCCUGUGGCCACUGGAGCAGCCAAAGCCAAACGAAAGCGUGAGAGCGCCGACUCCACAGAGAACGACGAGUCUUUUGCUCCUGUGUCUCCAGACACUCACGUUAAUACGCCUGAUGCUACUGGCCCGAUCAUCCGGAUGACACUUCCUCAUGACGACGAGCUGCAGUUGCAUGUAGACUCUGAAGUUCGGCGCUUUAAACGGCGGCGAAGAGGCUACAAAGUGAAGGCUGGCAAGGAUACAACGUUUUCCUUGACAUUUGGACCAGUCAAAGCCAAUGGAACUGGCCCAAAUAUCAAAACCGAGCCGUCAGUGCUCAGUAAUAAUGGCGUGAAGGGACCUGCACUGAACCCUGCCCAACUCUUCUCCAUGGCGAGGGCAUCUCUGUCGAAAUCCGAGCCCACAAUCACUAGACCGAAGCAUGAUACCAAGCCUCUGAGUGUGGCUGUAUCUCUAGUGGAGUCGCUCUCUCAUAACGAGCAACAGGAGGCGCUGGAUGGUCGACCUGUGAAGACCCAUCCUUUGUUACAGGCAUUGCAAGACUACGUCGACGAUGAAGCCAAGAUGAUGGAGGAACGUUUGACUGCAAGUGUAUCGGCCAAAGUCAAGUUCUUGCCCAACGCAGAGGCGUUUAUGCCGCCCCCACUUCGAGCGACUGUAGGUCGCCUCUCAAUAAACCGGGCAACUGCUGAGCAGCUGCGUCUACGUCUGUACUCGGACCGCUUCAAGUUCUGGAGAUCCGAGUAUACAAAGCUGCAGUACCCGAAGAAUCGCCAGCAGAAGAAAGAACAACGGCGUCGUCUCCUGCUCGACUUUGACGAAGCUGCGUUCGAAGAACAAGCGCGCCAGGAAUCGCUGAGAUUAUGGAGCGAUUCCGAUUGCUUCAAGCUGCGCGACGCCGAACUUUCACUUGGAAUUCAGAUGUCAGCGUCCGAUGCGAUGGUGACGUGGCGACAAGAGCCGAACGGGACUGAAACGUGGUCUGCACACUCGAAUCUCCAGGUCACAACGGCAAAUUCUGCGGAGAAGGACGAGGUGGCGGACCGCGUGCAGCCAUAUAUACAGAGUCUGAUUUUGCUGCUGAAAAAGAGGGACAAGAACGAAAGCGACGUUAGAAAAGCCGGACGUGAUCGACGAUGGAUGAGCUUUGAGGACUACACGCAAGCUCCGACGAAGACGAGCGACGUGAGGAGAAUAGAACGCGUCCGGGUGGAAGAACCAAGAAUUUGUGUGUCCACGCUGGAGUCGAGCUACCAUGUCGAACCCGCUAUCAUUUCGGAAUAUUUAUUGCGCGAUCUGCAUCCAGUAGCGGCGCCUAAACCAGUGGACUACGUGAUCGUCUGUCCGCAGUCUCCAUCACAGUGGCUCGCAUCCCUCGCGCUCUCGUACUUCACGUGCUUUCGCAGCAUGUACGCACAAUGCCACAUGGGCGAUUUGGCCCCAAUCGAUCUGAGCUCGGUGGAAGGAAAUCACUAUGCGAACGUGGACGCUUCCAACGGACUGUUACUUGUGGACUGCGCGGAGAGUAUGAAGGACCCUUUCGCUAAUUUCCGCGCCGCUGGGAAAGUUUUAAACCCUGUGCUGUCGUCCGGUGCGAUCAAAAAGACACAAGCUUUUUCCAGAUCAGCCGUGGGUAAUGUGGUGUAUUUAGUGGCUCCGUUCCGUCGAAGCGAUGUGAAGCACAAAAUGUGGGCGUUGGGUGCUUUUUCGAGUGGGUUAUUUGGAACGCAAAGCAUCGCUGAAGUCAACGGGUGGAAAGACAGUGUGACGAUAGAGAUGGUAUACUUGGACGACUUGUAUGAAGUGGAGGUGAACCCAAGUCCGUUCAUGCUGAUGCCCAACUGCUUCGGUCUGUACGACCGUGUGUGUGAGAACGUGAACCUUAAACCGGUCGAUGGGGGUUCCAGUGGUGCAGGACGAUCACGUUUCCUUUGCGAGAGGCUGUAUCACUUGGCAGAUUGGCGGACAGAUGCGUCUACUGUCGAUCAGGAAGGUGAAAAGGAGCUGUCAUACGUUUAUGGAGGAUAUUUACUCUCAGAAGAUCGAAAGUGGAUCGCAUGUAGCUGUACUGAUGCGGUUGGCUCCGUUCUUGAAACAUACAUGAUCUCGGUAAAAGAAGACGAUAAGGGACUGGAAAGCGCGCUAGUUGAGAUGAUGCUGAAGAUGCUCCAGUUUUUCUCGCUCUUCGGUGACAAGAGUGUGCUCGUGGUCACACGACUGACCUUGUCUGGUGCUUCUAUGGACGAUCAAGAGCAGUCAGCGUGGGAGCAAUUGCGGUCCAAUCGGUUGGAGACGUUGAUACCUUCAGCGUAUAGGCCGCUACUAUCGUGCGUUUUACUCGUACAACUUACAGCGGCGUCGUACGAUGAGGUGCAGUUACGCGAAGAUCCGUCCUCAACGGCGCUGUACGUGUCCGACAAUCUCGGAUUCGCCGUAAUUACUCCUCGGGAGAACACAGCAGCUCGUGAUAGUAGCCGCGCUGUGUAUUUUACAGGCAGCGAUGCAUGGAAGACCACCACUUUAUUACACGGCCAACACACACUGGCUCGGAAGCGGGAGGCGAGAGUACUCAAGGUGACUCUGGUGCAUAUAUUAUUGGAGGAGGACACCGCUUCCAAGGACGGCGAAGUGACAGAGUCAGCGUCGCCCAGUAUGAUGACUGCUAUCUUGAGAGAUUUCCACGCGCAGUCGUAUUUGACGAUGCACCCGAUCACGAUGGAGAGACAGUCGCCACUGCCUCACCACCUCGCAGCGAUCUCGAAAAUUAGCCGUGAGUUGCAGGUACUGGAGACCCAAUUGACAACAGACCCCUUGCAGAUGCGGUAAUUAAAUGGAGUGAACACUUUACAGCCGACAGGUUCAUUACGCGGCUCAGUGAGAUAAUGUAUUGCCGUCUUAAUACAACUAGAUUGUGUGAGUGCAUUCGAUAACUUUUUCA